AUGCUUAGAGUUACAUUUGCUAGAGCAAGAUUAUACACACCCUACGCUCGUUUGUUCCAUCAGUCGAGUCUAAGAUAUGCUGCAUCAGUGUUUAAGAUGCCGGCCAUGUCACCUACCAUGACUGAAGGUGGAAUUGUCUCAUGGAAAGUUAAACCCGGCGAUACCUAUAAUGCCGGAGAUGUGUUGUUGGAAGUUGAAACCGAUAAAGCAAACAUUGACGUUGAGGCUGCAGACGAUGGGAAAUUAUGGGAGAUUUUGGAAAAUGAUGGAGCUACUGGUGUACCAGUGGGGAAAGCAAUUGCAUAUAUUGCCGAUGUUGACGAUGAUUUGAGCACCUUAGAGAAGCCAAAGGUUGAAGAAGAGGAGGAAAAACCAAAGAAGCCAGAGGAAGAGAAGAAGCAAGCAAGGCCACAAGAAAAGGAAGGUUCUAAGGACAAACUGGCAGCUGAACUGUCGAACUCAAAAGAUACUAAACCAUCAAGCAGUUCCAAAUCAUCAGAUUCAGGAAUACUUCAAAAAGCUAACCCAUCACAAAAGCUCUCCCCUGCUGUCGAAUUGCUUUUGAACGAAAACAAUAUUUCUCAUGACGAUGCCAUUGCCAAGAUCCAAGCAUCUGGACCCAAUGGAAGGAUAUUGAAGGGAGAUGUAUUGGCGUAUCUUGGAACUAUACCAAUUGAGGCAGUAGUUGACCUUGCCAAAUAUAUAAAAUCAAGAGAACAUUUGGAUUUGUCUAAUAUAGUGGUUGCCAAGCCAAGUGAUGAGGCCAAAAAACAAGAAGAAGUGAGCAAAUCUAAAUCAAAGCUGGGUGAUGCUAGUGCAAAAGCCAAACCAAAACCAACUAACAUCUUUUCAAUUGAAUUUUCUGCUCCUUUGGAAGAACAUAUUGGCAAAAAUGAUUUUAAGCAAGCAUUUGAAAGCGCAGUUACUUCGGCAAUCCAUGAUACAUAUGCUCGUAAAUUCCCACAGUAUUCUACUUCACCUACAGCAUCCUCAAUUUAUGAUCAAUAUGAUGUGUUUGAAGAAUUAGUUGCAGCACCAGUAACCAAGAAGAGAUUUGAAGUUUACGAUGUCCAAUACAACUUUUACGGCGAUUCAAUAAGUAAACCAAUAUCAAACAGAAGAGUUCCACCUAGAACUGACUUUGAUGAUCUAGUGGGUAUACCCAAUGAAGCAACCCCAGUUGUAGAAGUAGGUACACCAAGAGCAAGUGUUAGUUUCAAAGUUAAAUUUGAUGAGAAAUUGUCUGAUUCAAAGGAAUUUGUCAAUUACUUUGAAAAGGCGUUACUUGAAGAAGCUGAGUUGUAUGACAUUCCUGCUAAUCUUUUAAGAGUAUCGAAUUAG